AUGGGGCUCCCGGGGCUUUUGGGGGGCCCGGGGGGGGUCGCGGGGGUUUUGGGGGGCCCGGGGGGGGUCCCGGGGGGCUCCCGGGGGGGGUCCCCGGCGCUGCUGCCGCUGCUGCUGCUGCUGCUGCCCGCCCGAGCCGCCCCCAAGUACGUGCGGGGCCGCAUCAGCACCAAGGAGGACUGGGUGUUCCUGACCCGUUUCUGUUUCCUGUCGGAUUUCGGCCGUCUGGAUUUCCACUUCCGCUACCCCGAGGCCAAGUGCUGCCAGAACAUUCUGCUCUACUUCGACGACCCCUCCCAGUGGCCGGCGGUCUACAGGAGGGGGGGCAAGGACUGCCUGGCCAAGGAGUCGGUGAUCCGGCCCGAGAACAACCAGGUGAUCAACCUGACCACGCAGUACGCCUGGUCCGGCUGCCAGGUGCUGCCGGGGGUCUCGGGGAGGGUCCUGAGCUGCUCCAGCGGCCGCAGCUUCCGCUCGGUGCGGGAGCGCUGGUGGUACGUGGCACUGAGCAAGUGUGGGGGCGGGGGGCUGGAGCUGGAGUACGAGAUGGUUCUGACCAACGGCGACUCCUUCUGGACCCGCCACUUCUCGGCCGACGAGUUCGGGAUCCUGGAGACCGACAUCACCUUCCUCCUCAUCUUCAUCCUCAUCUUCCUCCUCUCCUGCUACUGCGGCUACCAGCUCAAGGGGCGGCAGCUGCUCCACACAACCUACAAGAUGUUCAUGGCGGCGGCCGGGCUGGAGGUCCUGAGCCUCCUCCUGAGCUGCGCCUAUUGGGGUCAGUACGGCUGCGACGGGGUCGGGCACGGCCCCCUCAAACUCCUGGGGAAGCUCCUGUUCUCCAUCAGCUUCCUCAUCUUCCUCCUGAUGCUGAUCCUGCUGGGCAAGGGCUUCUCCGUCACCAGGGGCCGUAUCAGCGCCGGGGGCUCCGUCCGGCUCUCGGUGUACAUGACCCUCUACAGCCUGACCCACGUGGCGCUGCUCACCUACGAGGCACAGUUCUUUGACCCCGGGCAGGUGCUGUACACCUACGAGUCCCCGGCAGGGUACGGCCUGAUCGCGCUGCAGUUCGGCGCCUUCGGCUGGUUCUGCGCCGCCGUGGGCGCCACGCUGAGCGCCGUGCCCGAGCGCCGCCGCUUCUACCUGCCCUUCCUGGCCGCCUACGCCUUCUGGUUUUUGGCCGUCCCGGUCUCGGCGCUCGUGGCCAAUUUUGGGAUCCCCAAAUGGGCGCGGGAGAAAAUCGUGAACGGGAUCCAGCUGGGGACCCACCUGUACGCCCACGGCGUCUUCCUGCUGCUGACGCGGCCCUCGGCGGCCAAUAAGAAUUUCCCGUUCCACGUGCGGCGCGCGCAGAUCGGCCCGGGGGGGGGAGGGGCGGCCCCGGGCCCCUCCCCCACCCGCGGCUACCGGAACGUCUCCUUCGUGGGCGACGGGGGCGGGGGGUUCACCGAGCUCUUCGUCAUCCCCCCCCCGGGGCCCCAGCCGGUGAGAUUUGGGGUGAAAAACACCGAUUUUGGGAAAAAAUGGGAAAAAACACCAAAAAACGGGGAAAAACGGGGGAAAACGCCAAAAAAUGGGAAAAAAUACCUAAAAUUGGGGAGAAAAGUCACAAAAAUUGGGAGAAAUGGGGGAAACACAGCCCAGUGUGAGUGAUGGGGAACGAUUUGG